GUUUGGAUGAUUUGAUUUUGGAUAUCUUCACCCACAAAUUAUUUUUUAUUUUUAGAAAGAAAAUAAAAGAAUUUGUUUCAAGUGAGUGCAGCUUACACCUACUUGAUUAUAUGAAAAAUGAGAUAUGCUUGUAUGUAUCUCGUCUGUAUCUACCUCCAAUCCCUCUUGCUGCUAGAUGGGUAAGUCUUUAAUUCUUUAACCGUAGCUUUAUUUACUUGUAAUUCUCCAAUAUCUUCUGCAGUUAUAUGUUUAGUACAUGUUUUUAUUUUGAACAAUUUUUUAUUAAGUCACUCUGAAAUUUCCAUUAAUUAUUGGUGAAAGUUAGCAUAAAGGUUGAGAAUUUGGGAUAUCUUGGAACCCAGAUUUUGUUUUUGGAGAUAUAUUUGGUAAAUUAAUAGAACCAUACAUGAAAGUGAUGGAUACUCUACUAAAGACUCAUAACAAGCUUGAGUUUUUCAAUCCAAUUCAUGGGUUUCCUGAUAAAGUUGGAACCCUGAGUUGUUUGAAGUUUCGAAACCAGGAGCUGAGGUUUGGCUCUAGAAGAUCGAAUGUAAAUUGGGGGAAGAACGGUUCUGUAAAGGCUAGUAGUAGUGCCCUUUUGGAGCUUGUUCAAGAAACCAAGAAAGAAAAUCUUGAAUUUGACCUUCCUUUGUAUGACCCGUCGAAUGGCCUUGUAGUGGACUUGGCUGUAGUUGGUGGAGGUCCUGCAGGGUUAGCGGUAGCACAACAAGUUUCUGAGGCAGGACUUGCGGUUGUGUCUAUAGACCCUUCUCCAAAAUUGAUAUGGCCAAACAAUUAUGGUGUUUGGGUGGAUGAGUUUGAGGCUAUGGAUUUGCUAGAUUGCCUUGACACUACCUGGUCAAGUGCAAUUGUUUACAUUGAUGACCAGACAACCAAAGAGCUCGGAAGACCGUAUGGAAGGGUUAACAGGAAGCAGCUUAAAUCUAAAAUGAUGCAGAAGUGCAUAUCAAAUGGAGUUAAAUUUCAUCAGGCUAAGGUUGUAAAAGUUGUACACGAGGAAGCUAAAUCCCUAUUGAUAUGUAAUGAUGGUGUGACCAUUCAAGCUGCUGUAGUUCUUGAUGCAACCGGUUUUUCAAGAUGUCUUGUUCAAUACGACAAGCCAUAUAAUCCAGGAUACCAAGUAGCUUAUGGAAUAGUGGCAGAAGUAGAAGAACAUCCUUUUGAUGUAAAUAAGAUGAUUUUCAUGGACUGGAGAGAUUCCCAUCUUAAUGGCAAUACAGAAUUAAAAGAAAGAAACAGUAAAAUCCCUACGUUUCUUUAUGCUAUGCCUUUUUCAUCUGACAGAAUAUUUCUUGAAGAAACAUCCCUUGUAGCUCGUCCAGGUUUAGCCAUGGGAGAUAUUCAGGAGAGAAUGGUGGCUCGCCUAAGGCAUUUGGGUAUUAAAGUGAAGAGCAUUGAAGAGGAUGAGAGAUGUGUGAUCCCAAUGGGAGGGCCUCUGCCUGUACUCCCUCAGAGAGUAGUGGGAAUUGGCGGUACAGCUGGUAUGGUGCAUCCUUCCACUGGAUAUAUGGUAGCAAGAACUCUAGCUGCUGCACCAGUUGUUGCCAAUGCAAUAGUUCAGUACCUUGGUGGUUCUAAGAAAGGCGCUUUGGGAAACGAAUUGUCUGCAGAAGUCUGGAAAGAUCUAUGGCCAAUAGAGAGAAGACGCCAGCGAGAAUUCUUUUGCUUUGGUAUGGAUAUUUUGCUAAAACUCGAUUUGCCUGGUACAAGAAGGUUUUUCAGUGCUUUUUUUGACCUGGAACCUCGCUAUUGGCAUGGAUUCUUGUCUUCUCGACUAUUUCUUCCUGAACUAUUCUUUUUCGGGCUUUCUCUUUUCUCAAAUGCCUCCAACACUUCUAGAAUAGAGAUCAUGGCAAAAGGCACGGUUCCUUUGGUAAACAUGGUAAACAAUCUGAUCAAAGAUAGAGAAUAGUCAUUUUGUGAUUUUGACUCAUUGUGUUAUAAAUGUUUGUAUGUUCUCUGAUCAUAAAUCUAGUUCAAAAUGCUUGUGAAGUUACAC